AUGUAUGUAUGUAGCACCAGAUUCCCACACCGUGAUGUUCACAAGGCAACGUGGCUAUCUUCCGAUCAAGCAACACGAAACCAGAUUGAUCACUUCGUGAUUGACGCAAGGCACGCUUCUAGUGUGCUGGACAUACGUUCAUUCCGUGGUCCAAACAUCGACUCAGAUCACUACCUUGUCGUAGCCAAGGUACGCAUGCGGCUUAGUACCGAAAACACUGUACGCUCCAAUGUUCAGAAAAAACUAGACGUUAGUAAGCUGCGAUCAAGAGAGACAACCGAAGUCUUCGCUGCUCAGCUCUCUAGCCGAUUAAACAACCAACCCUCCCGUCCCGAUAAUCCCGGUAGACAAUGGGGACAUAUCUCUCACUCCCUACACACAACAGCGGAAGAUGUCCUUGGUUUCCAACGUCCCCCACGACGAAACCAAUGGUACGACGAAGAAUGUCGCCAAGCUACUGCUGCGAAGAACGCGGCCUAUAAAAGGACCCUGCAGUCAGCAGCAACGCGAACCGUGCAUGAACAAUAUCGGGAGAUGAGGAAGGUAGGGAGGUGCCUAUUCAGACGGAAGAAACGAGAUCAAGAAAGGCGUGAGCAAGAGAAAAUCGAAGUGUGUAGAAAUAGGAAUGAUGGUAGUAAAUUUUAUCGAAAAGUCAACCGUCUGACUCAAGGUUUUAAGCCUGGUGCAUCAACCUGUAAGGACGAAAAUAGUAAUCUGGUUACAGAUACGCAGAAUGUACUGAAAGUAUGGAAGGAGCAUUUCUCCAAACUACUAUCUGGCGAUGAUAACAUCAACUCUGCCAUUGAAGAAAUGCCCUCUGUAUCCCCAAUCGAAAAUGAUGACGUUGAAAUUCCACCACAUAGCCAUAACGAAGUGUGUGUUGCUAUACAGCGACUUAAGAACAACAAAGCGGCAGGCGCAGAUGGCCUGCCUGCUGAAUUGUUUAAGGCCGGCGGCAAUAUGCUGAUAGGGUGCAUGCAUCAUCUUAUCUGCAGAAUAUUGUUAGAUGAAAGUAUGCCCAGCGAUUGGAAUCUCAGUACCCUUUGUCCUGUCUUGAAAAAAUGUGACCCGACGGUUUGCGCCAACUAUCGCGGGAUUAGCCUAAUACCUGUCGCGUACAAGAUUCUUUCAACUGUACUAUGUGAAAGGUUGAAGUCACAUGCCAACUCACUGAUUGGACCUUAUCAGUGCGGCUUUUGA